CGGCAAUAAACGGAGCAGUAGAGGAGCUACAACAUCCGGGCAAUACUCAGCUUACACAGAAACGGAAUGGCGGAGGUGGGUGAAAAGCCCCUAAAGAGAAGUGUGCAUGUUGUGGUCUAGUGGAGAGAGGAUGAGGAACUGUGAGGAAGACCCUCAGCAGGAGAAGCAGAAGUGUUAACCAGCCUUAGAGGAGUUUCAGAGGACGUUCGCCCCAUGAAGAUGGCCGCGCAGUCCCACACUGUACGCUCAAGUUCAGCCAUCUACACUAAAGCUGGGGAGCUUCCUCUGGAGGAGCUGCUGGCUCUGUACGGCUACACCAUGUCAGACCCAGAGAAGGAGACCUGUCACAUGACUGCCAGCCUGCCAGGCAUGACACUGGACAAGGAUCAGAUUACAGAGGAUCUCUUUCCUGGGGAGGGGGAGGAGGAGGAGGAGGAGGAGUCGUCAGCUGAUUAUCUCACCCCUUCCGUCACCUCAAACACCUCAGAUCUGCUCUGCCGCCUUCAAGGUGGAGACAAAGACACAUUAGUCAGCUCAUCAGAUGAAGACUCGGAUGAUGCCUCUAUUCCCUCCAAAGAAGAGCACAAGGAGAUCAUGGUUGGCUCUAUGUACCAGGCCAAAAUCCCUCCACUCAGUUCAUGUACCAACCAGAAGAGAGCCUGCAGUGGGGAGGACCAGUUGUUGUGGAAGCCGGGCGUUCUGCCGGUACAGGAAGUGGAAGAAUUUUUGCUUAAUGCACAGAGGCCGUUUAACCAGGAGGGGGCAGCGUGCACACAAACACAAGGACACACUGUGCGGGACAACCAACAGGCUCUGUACGAACUAGUGAAAUGCAACUUCAAUGCAGAAGAGGCACUGAGACGAGUAAGCUUCAAUGUGAAAGUGUUCAGUGAAGAGCUUUGUGCCUGGAGCGAGGAGGAGUGCAGGAGCUUCGAGCACGGCUAUCGGGUUUACGGGAAAAACUUCAACCUCAUCCAGGGGAAUAAGGUACGAACGCGCUCCGUUGGGGAGUGUGUGCAGUAUUACUACAUGUGGAAGAAGUCUGAGCGCCACGAGUACUUCACCCAGCAGACGACCAGGCUGAGCCGCAAGAAGUUCAGCCUGCAGUCAGGGAGCAUAGAGGAUGGAGAGCAGGACGGGGAGGUGGAGGGAAGCAACUCCUCCUCAGGCUUGUCGUCUCGGGGCUCCACGCGGCAGCUGGAGUCCCCGGUCCCUCCACAGUCCAGCCUGGAACUGGACAAACAAGGAGGAGAGGAGACCCCGCCGCAGACGAACUCCCCGCUUUCUCUUAAAGCCAUGAACUCGCUCCAGGCAGGCCACAGAACGCAGGCCGGGCCUGCAGGUAAACAAGACGGUGCUCUGGUGUCAGACCUGUGUGGAGACGGAUGUCCUCAGUUCGGCUGUCCCUUCUCCCUCCUGCCUCUGGACGAUCUGCGGGACCCCGGCUCCGGCAGUUGUUGUCCCUCAGCUCAGCUCCAGCCCCCACCUCAGUGGAGCCCUCCGUCCCGCCACGAGGACCCCCGUCUCUCCGGCCCCUGUUUCUACCAGCUGCACAUGUGUGGUGGACCUUUUGUCUCUGAGGACGGAGAUGCAGCGGGCGGAGGGACGGCCCCCCCCCACGGGCUGCAGGUGGAGUUCAGCCUCCCCUCUGCCUCCCCCCCCUCCUCCUCUGUCCUCCCAUCACACUUCCAAACACUUAGCGGCCUGCUGCACACCUCCCCCGUCCAGCACCCCCCCUCCCCCCUCUCACACAGUGAUGGGACAUGGGGAAACUGAGUGGUACUCUUCAUGAGAUGUUUGCUGGUGUUUACUCGCACCGGACGUUGAGAAACCAGGACACAAAGUGCAUUUCCUUAACUUUGAUAACAAGGACGGACCUCCAUAGCUGUCUGAACUCUCUUUUUUGAAGCUGACACACUUGAACCCUCUUUCCAUUGUGGAAGGACGAGUGUUAAUCACUCCUUCAGGUGUCGAGGAUGUGUUUAUGAACUGUUUGUUACAACAACCUGCACCAGGGCAGAUACAUUGGUUAUGUAUAAAUGUGAAGCACAGUGCAGGUGAUGAACUGCAGUGGCUAGCAGUCAUUUCUUAAACAGAUCAAUUAUUUACAAUGUUAACCACUGUUUCUUUGUUUUCUUAUUUAUCAGGGUGGAACAGUUUAACUGCAGCUCAGAUUUCAUCCAAUCAUUUUUUUUUAGGUUUGUUUUGCAUAUUUUUCAACAGUUCUGCAGCCGGUUGAGAUCUUCAUGAGUGACACGGUGCUGGAAAUCUGACCACGGAGUAAAAUGUGUCCCUUCAAAACUAAAUAAUUUAUUUAAACAUUCUGUUUGAAUGUCAACUUUAAUAAGUUUGUAACUAGCUCUCCCUCUUCUGUCCCUGAUGUUGAUAAUGUCUGUAUUUCCAACCUCCUCCACUCCACCUGUCUGAACAUGUUUGGCACAAGAGUCAAUCUCAUCAAUUUAGUUUUAUAUACGAAAAGCUUAAAACAGAUGCUUCAUAUUUUUCCGGAUCUAUUUUUAUUUUCCGAUUUGUUGAAUUUUUCAUCCUUUGAAGAAUUACAUUGAGAUUUAUAAAGGCGCAGUGCUUUGUUGUCAUUUCUGAAAAAACACGGUGCAUAUUCUGUAUCAUUAGGAGGCGGUUUGACAUGAAUAAUAGCCAUACAAAUCAAUUGUGUUAAGUCGGUGUACAGUACAUGGAAACAUAGGUAAGUGAAUGCGAUCACACUUCCUCAGGAUCUCCAACUGAUGAUCCCCAUGACCCGUAGUCAGUUACCAUUGAUUUGGACAAAUGGAUCAGAAAAGAGAGCAAUUAAAUGUUAAUUGGAUUGAGAUGCAUCUUGUCUUGUAUCAACAUUAGAUACAAAAGAUGGUGGGGUAUAAAGAUAACUAGAAUAUUUAAUAUAAAAUGUGUUGCAACUCGUGCUUGCCUCUUUAGUCUAAGUGAGAUCUGAGCAGUGAACAAGGUUGAUCAAAGGCACAUCAGUGAUAUUUGAACAAACAGAAAGUCUCUUUUUCCUCUAAAAUGUGUCUUUCACCCACCUCUGCCAGACAUAUUGAAAUAAACAGAAGGCACCCUUUAUAUGAAUGCAUUAACAUUUCCAAUAAUGACAUAUUGUUCUCCACUUAGGAUGCGCAAUACAGAAUGUCCACUUUUUCUUACCGGUAUCCAAAAAGUCUCGUUUCCCCUUCAAUGAGAUCUGUAAAUCUGAUCAUAUUCAACCUACAGUGUCAUUUCUCUAAAUAAAUCUGCUAGUUGCAGAAUAAUAAAGACUGAACCGUGGUGUGAUGGCAUAGAUGUGAUAAAUGCAUAUGAAGGUGGACGAAGCUAAUAUUAGGCGUUAUUACAGGGGAUAGAUAGAUGAGCUUUAGGAGGCCACUUAUUAGAAAAUGUGCAUUCACUUUUUCAUAAUUUCACAAAAUCACGUAUUGAUUUGUGUAUCCGUUCAAACAUACGUGUUGUUUCUUCAGCAUGUGAGUGUAUUCUAGUCGCAGGUUUGAGCUAUCCUAUUGAUUUCUGUUUCUGUCUAUUAAUGGUGGAGCUCUUCUUGAUAUCCCUGUUAAAGCCACGCCAUGUUUCAGAUCAAUGUUUGUUUAGUGUCUGUUUACAUGAGGGAGAGGCUCCAGAUCAGGCAGGAUAAGGCACUGAAUCACUGCCUUUUAAUUCAUUUAUUUCAUUUUAGCAAUUUAUACAUCUUACUGCUUCUGUUAUGUUUGUUUAUAAUUAUUAUAUUUUGUAAAGAAAAGGAAGAAACUAUUAAAAUGAACAAGUUGAAAUGCUAUGUGCUUGUAUAAAUUA